UGUCAAACUGUCAGACUGGUGUUGUUGCUGCCUGUCGCAGUGUUUUGGUAAAUGCUUACAAGCUAAUUGUUAACGAACUUGCACAUAUAUAGUGCUUAGCUGCAACACCAUUUCACCAAUGACCCACGUUCUGCCAAGACAUGUCAACGUUUUAAAAUAGCUUUUUAGUGAAUCCAAAGACAGCAGCCUCCAAAUGAACAACUUGAAUGACCCCCCCAGAUGGAACAUCCAACCAGACCCCAGAGGAAGGGGGGCGGGGGCGGGGGCCGGUGAUGGCAACCAAUGGAACUACGCCCUGCUGGUCCCUAUGCUGGGACUGGCUGCAUUUCGUUGGAUCUGGACCAGGGAGUCUCAGAGGGAGAUCCAGCAGGUCAGAGCCCAGUAUGACAAAGACGUGUCCACAAUAAAAAGCGAGAUGGAGGCAACGUACCGGGAGACACUGACAGAGAGGCGCAGGGCAGUAGCUACACUAGAGCUGGAGCUGGAGAAGGAGCGACAGAGGGUCAAAGGUUACAAGCAGGCCCUGGUCUCACAGAGCCAUCAGCUGAUGGAAGAACGGAAACAGUUACAUCAGGAGCGUGAGGUCUUGGAGGAAGAGAAGCAAAGGCUGGUAAAGUCCGGCGCUGCAGGGGCGGUGCUGCAUCACGCCCUGGAACGAGAGAACAACUGGUACCAGCAAGCCACCGCCACUCUGAAGGAGCUUGAGGGUCAGCUUGUGGAGCGCCAGAAUGCCUACUGUUCCCUCGUCCAACCGCGAGAUCAGCGACUGGAGAUGGAGAAGAACAUGCUGCUAAAGGUCGUCAAAAACCCCAUCGGGGCGGAACUGGAUCUAGAAUCCGAUCUGAAAGAUAUUUUUAAGAGAGAUAAGCACUGUGCGGACCUGCUAAACAUGGACAAGAGGAAGAAUGGAAGCCUCAUGUGGGUGUACCUCAAGUACUGGCAGCUGCAGGUCACCGUCCAGAAACACAAGAGAGCUGAAGAAGCCAUAUUAGGAGAGAAAAUCCAGUCUCACACAAAGUGACAAACGCAAGCAUUUGACUUUGAAGAAGGUUGAAAGUAUGUGGAUCAGGAAUGGAAAAUGCAUGCAUUAUUUUGUGUAAUUAUCUUUACUUGAUAGGGAUGUUAUGGAAACACACAAGAGGUAACGCCAACAAGAUAAUGUUCCGCAUCUGGAAGUUCCUCCCUUGAUCUCAGAGUUUAAAAAAAAGAGAGGCAUUUUGUCAAGUUUUAAGCUUGCUUAAAUACAAUACGGUAUUACCAUAACUUCAGAAGCCCCAGUUAAGUCUCAUUAGCUUUCAAUUACUGUGUGAAAAUGCAUAAUGAUAAAAAUGCACUAGGAUCAUUCAGGUGAUAUCCAUAUUGGAUGCACAUCUGAUGUUAAAUACAUAGAACAUUUUGUCGUAACAUUUGUGUUGAAUAAACUUCUCCUAGUGCCAUGAAUUACUGCUACCUUCAUAUAUUGUACGUCUGGACAUUUUUGUUCCCACUCCUCAGUUAUGACUUUAGGGCUGCCAUUAACUGUUCCCAUGUGAUGUGAUAUUACACAUCUCUUUGUUGCUGCAAGUGUCUUCAGAAAAAAACUGCCAGGAAUCCUUAACACGUUGACAAGAAUAUUUGUGAUGGACUACUGCUGGAGAUAUUUAUCAUGAUAUCUGUUGCCCUUAAUUUGUUUUUACAGACACUUCUGUCCAUGACUUAGAGUCUCCUUCCAUCUAUGACAUUGUGUCUUUAGACUCUGACGUGUGUUGCCAUUUCUGAUACGGUACAUGGCCUAAAGCCAAUAAUAAUAGUGUGUCUGUUUCUGAUCACUGGUUUUAAUGUCUAGUCUUCAAUGCAGGUUUGUGGGAGCUUUUUAAAGAUCAGAGACACAGGACACUGAAGGUGCAUGUGAAUCGAAAUAAGGGAAUAGAGCACAAAGUAGUGCUCAGUACUGCAACACCUUACCACAAUACUGCAACAAAAAUAGCCACCCUUUUACUUCACACUUCACCCAUGUAAUGAAAGGAUUAGCUAAAGCUGUAGCAUUUCUAUAAAGUUACCAAGCCUCCCUACGCUGCAAUGUUUUUGUUUGGACCAUAACUUGGUGAUUAAGUGCUUGAUAUAAUGCCAUAAAUUCAAAUGUACUGACUCUAACCACUCUGUGAAAUCCUCCUAAUAAAUCCCUGGUUUAAGAACUU